AUGUGUGGAGAUAAAUUUGGUGCUGAACUGGGAAAAGUGUCAUUUUAUGGUACAAGAAGGCAUAAUGUUGGGCAUAGAGUGUCCAAAAAGGGGAUUGAAGUAGACCAUGCAAAAGUUGAUGUGAUUGAGAAGCUCCCAGCACCCACUUCAGUGAAAGCAUUGAGAAGUUUCCUUGGGCACGUCGGAUUCUACAAGCGGUUCAUCAAGGAUUUUUCAAAAAUUGCUAACCCCUUAUGUAAGCUGCUUGAAAAAGACCAGGACUUUUUGUUUUCUGAUGAUUGCAGCAAAGAAGGAGUCAAAGCCUCGCUUGAUUCGCGGGGUUCUGUUGCUACAAGAAUUUUACUGGAGAUUCGUUACCGAAAGGGGAUAGACAACCAAGUAGCAAACCACCUAUCGAGGUUGGAAGGGGCAAAAAAGAGAAUAGAGGUUGAAGAUAUCCUUGAGACAUUCCCUGAUGAGCAAUUACUUGCUGUGACAAUGGAGGAGGCACCAUGGUAUGCUAAUAUUGCUAAUUACUUAGCUUGCCAUGCUUUGCCAUAUGAUGGACACUUUGGAGGACUUCAGACAGUAGCAAAGGUUCUAAAAUCAGGCCUGUAUUGGCCUACAUUGUUCAAGGAUGUCCAUGCUUGGGUCAAAAGCUGUGAUGAAUCUCAAAGGACGAACAACAUAUCCCGUCGUCAUGAGAUGCCAAUAACCACAAUCCAAGAGGUGGAAGUGUUUGACAUGUGGGAGAUCGACUUCAUGGGGCCCUUUGUCAGCUUAUACGGUAAAAAGUAUAUACUGGUUGCUGUUGACUAUGUCUCCAAGUGGGUCGAAGCAGUUGCUCUCCCAACCAAUGAUGCGAAAGGGGUGUCCAAUUUCCUAAAGAAAAACAUCUUCACACGUUUUGGCACCCCCAAGCCAUAA